AUGCUGUUGCGACUUCUGACGAAAAGCCUGCUUUUGGCCGUUGCCUGGGCAGCGUCAUCCGACAUCGAAUUCGAAAACUCACUCACUGACAAACCGGUAAUAGAAUGCGGCCAUGGUAAACUUUCGGUGAGUGUUAGCACCGAGAAACAGCCACCAUCGCAUGUUUUCGCCAAAGGUCACUUCAACCGACCAGAGUGCUCGUUCCGCAAUACCACACAGGCUGUGUUCGACUUCGAGAAGUGCGACAUUAACCGCAAGCGUGAGGUGAAUCCUCGCGGGAUGGCAUUCAGCAUGACGGUGGUCGUCCAGUUGCAUCCGUUGUUCAUCACGAAAGUAGAUCGAGCGUUCCACGUUCGCUGUUUCUACAUAGAAGCUGAGAAAGCAGUUGGAGCGCAAAUCGGUGUUAAGUAA